GCCCGCUGCGCACCCCGCUUUGCCCCCUGCGGUGCUUAGACGCCCUGUCGGGUCCCCUGCGCCAGAGACCCCCAGGUCCAGGCCCUCGCCGGGACCCAGCUGGCCAGCCGCUCCAGCUCCCUGCAGGAAUGAUCGGCCGGUCGCGCGGCCAGAGGGAGGGAAACGAAUGAAUGGACGAGGAGGCUCUUCUCCCCGCAGAGCUUUGGCGUCUCUGCGCGCACCGGGCGUGUCCGUGCCAAAGGCGCAGGGGGUCGGGCCCGAAGCCGCGCUCGGCUGUGGCGGGGGCGGCGGCACCUGCCCGGGCGCAGUUGCCAGCUUCGCGCGGUCUCGGCGGCGGCGCGGCUGUGUGCGGGCGGCCCCGUCCCCCGGCCCGGACCGGUUCCCCUGAGCGGCCCCCGCCUCCGAGCCCCCCGAGACUCCUUGGCACUCCCCAGCCCCGGACCUCACGCGCGCGGGAGGCGGGAAGCUGCCUCCUUUCCCCGCCCCCACCCCCAUCCCCAGCUUCUCCCCUGGCUGCGGCUGCUGCAGACCUGGGCGCCGGGAAAGGGGGUCAGCGCGGCCGGGGCGCGGGAGCCGGCCGGGGCGGCCGGGAGGGAGCCGAGCGGGGGGCGGCCGAGGGGCGGGCGCGGGGCGCGCGGGCAGAGGGGGUGGGGAGCCGGGCGCGGGAGCCACGGCGGGGGCGAGGCGGGAUUCGGGCGGGGACCGGCGCUUGCGGGCCGGGCUGAGUCCGGAGGCGGCGGCCGGACUUGCCCGGGAGGCGGAAAGCGGGGCCGGAGAGCGCCCAGCCGGGCACCUGCGUGCCAAGCAGGUCCCCCCCGCGCGCCUCCCGCGCGCCCCCGGCCAGUCGGCCCCGCGGGGAUGUCCGAGGGACCCAGGCGCCCAGCACCGUGACCGAGCGAGCCCGAGGAUGGGACAGCGCCCGCAGCUCCGGCUCGUCAAGGCCCUCCUCCUCCUGGGGCUGAACCCCGCCUCGGCCUCCCUCCAAGACCAGCCCUGCGAGAGCCUGGCCCUGCCCAGCAACUUCUCGGGUCUGCAAUGCAACGCCACGGUGGACCUCAUUGGCACUUGCUGGCCGCAGAGCCCCGCAGGGCAGCUGGUGGUACGGCCCUGCCCCGCCUUCUUCUACGGCGUCCGCUACAACACCACGAACAAUGGCUACCGCCAGUGCCUGGCUAACGGCAGCUGGGCCGCCCGCAUCAACUACUCCGAGUGCCAGGAGAUCCUCAACGAGGAGAAGAAAAGCAAAGUGCAUUACCAUGCGGCCGUCAUCAUCAACUACCUGGGCCACUGCAUCUCCCUGGUGGCCCUCCUGGUGGCCUUUGUGCUCUUCCUGCGCCUCAGGAGCAUCCGGUGCCUGAGAAACAUCAUCCACUGGAACCUAAUCUCCGCCUUCAUCCUGCGCAACGCCACCUGGUUCGUGGUGCAGCUCACCAUGAGCCCGGAAGUACAUCAGAGCAACGUGGGCUGGUGCAGGCUGGUGACCGCCGCCUACAACUACUUCCACGUGACCAACUUCUUCUGGAUGUUCGCCGAGGGCUGCUAUCUGCACACGGCCAUCGUGCUCACCUACUCCACUGACCGGCUGCGCAAGUGGAUGUUCAUCUGCAUCGGCUGGGGUGUGCCUUUCCCUAUCAUCGUGGCCUGGGUCAUUGGGAAGCUGAACUACGACAAUGAGAAGUGCUGGUUUGGCAAAAGGCCCGGGGUGUACACCGACUACAUCUACCAGGGCCCCAUGAUCUUGGUCCUGCUGAUCAACUUCAUCUUCCUGUUCAACAUCGUCCGCAUUCUCAUGACCAAGCUGCGGGCAUCCACCACGUCGGAGACCAUCCAGUACAGGAAGGCCGUGAAGGCCACGCUGGUGCUGCUCCCACUCCUGGGCAUCACCUACAUGCUGUUCUUCGUGAACCCUGGUGAGGACGAGGUGUCCCGCGUGGUCUUCAUCUACUUCAACUCCUUCCUGGAGUCCUUCCAGGGUUUCUUCGUGUCUGUCUUCUACUGUUUUCUCAACAGCGAGGUCCGCUCUGCCAUCCGGAAAAGGUGGCACCGCUGGCAGGACAAGCACUCGAUCCGCGCCCGGGUGGCCCGCGCCAUGUCCAUCCCCACGUCCCCCACACGUGUCAGCUUCCACAGCAUCAAGCAGUCCACAGCGGUCUGAGCCGGGGCAGUACAUGGACAAGCAGGAUAGUGGCCCAUGGGGCACCAACUCACAGACCACUCACAC